CAGACACUGAGCCUGGAUUGGACCUGAGACUCUGAUGUGGAUAUUUCUCUGAGCUUUGACUCGGGGCUCACAGGUGCGGGUCAGUUGCGGGUGAGUUGCGGGGUCAGGUGCUGUGGCGGCGCGUGUGCUCGGUGCGGUUCGCCGCUGGCAUCAUCAGCGUCAAGUGUCUGUGGGAAAGAAAAGUUGCCCCCAGGAGCUGACAGUAUGGGAAGAAGUACCAGGCAGUGGCUGAACACAAGUCAGAGCUACUUCUAAGUGAGCUGUGAGCCUUUCCAGAGCCGAAACAAGCCGACAGCCGCGGGGAACAGGAAUGGAUAGCCGGGGCUGCAGCGGGGACCCCGCCGCGGAGAGCAGCGGCUCGGCCCGCAGAGAGGAGCCGAGCAGCGGCGGCCGGCCGGAGCUGCUCGCGUACCUCACCUCCCUCCAGGAGAGGUACGGGGCCGCGAAGUUCAGCCUGGCGGCGUACCUGCUCUGCUGGGCUCUGCUCAGAUGGUACCGGAAACUCAGAGGCCGGUCUGCUCCUCAACAGCCCCAGGAAGCCCUUGAAGACUCCCCCCACCUCUCUGAAGGAUUAUGUUUAGAGGAGGGGGAUUUGGGCGCUGACUCCCUGGAAUGGUGCGAGAGAGGAAUAGGAGGGGGUGACACAUCCGAUGAGUAUUUUGACUCCCGCUCUUGGCACAGUGACACCCUGUCAGAUUUGGGUCCAGAUGCAGAGGACUCACUGGAUGCCCUCCUGGGACUGGAGAAUACCUACAUUGAUCAAAGAACAACAGGCAGCAGCUUCCACACUGGGCAGAGUAAAGCCCGGCAGAGAGAGUCAGUGACAACCAAGGAUGGCCUCAAAGAUGCCACAGCGACUUAUUUUGACCGAUCCACAUGUAGCAGGAGGAAAAGUCCAGAGAACAGCGGGGACCCUAAUAGUCCCCUGAAGCUGGCCACCAGAGACGUGGGAUCAGUUGAGAUCCAAUCUCAUCUAAGUACACAUAAACCAAAACUAGACUUGCACCAGGAGCAGUCCACAGAAACUCCAGUCACAUGGAGCGCGGAGCAACGCAGUUUAAAUAUACAAAGGCUACACAACACAGACACCUUUGACACAAAGGUAACUAGUCCACCAGACACUCAAGAAGUGAAGUCAUUUGUGCACCCUGAGGAAAGCGAUCCCAACAGGCGGAAUAAACUUACAGACUCAGAAACAUGCACUAUACUUAUAGAUACCACAGAGGACAAGAUUUUGGAGACAAAACAACAGCAAUGCACACAUGAACAUGAGACAAGUUUACAGACAAGAAUCACAGAUAGAAAACACAUCUAUAAUGUUCAGGAUGUAGAAGUAGAGAACAUUGAAUUGCUCAGCACUGUAGAGAGAAACACAUGUUUAAAUAGAUGCAACAGUGACUGUAUUAAUAGACACAGUCACAGACAGAGAGAGAGUUUAGAUCAACAGGGUAUAAACAAUGGAGACAGAGAGACACAUGCAGUUAUAAAAGUGCAUAAUGAGGACAAAAGGGACUCGUGUGAGAAUGGGGAGGAUAAUUCUAACACACUUGGAACACAUCAAAAAAUAAAUGCACGAUCGUUAGACAGUAUUUGCGCACCAGCACGCUCUAAAUCUGAGUUAGUUACAGAAAUUGUCAGAUCAAGUCCAAACGUCACAGAAGCUCGCUGUUCAAAGACAAAUAGUGUAUCACAUAACACAAAGUCUGUCAAUACUCAAAUCAAUGUAUCGGCACAAAAGGUGGAUAUUUGUUGCUCAGGCACUUCGUGUGAAGAGGGACCCAUCAGAAGACUGUCAGAGAUCCACCCUCAGGUUUGUACUAGUGAAACAAAGCCACAGGAUAAGGCACGGGUGUCAGGUGUCUGCUUCCAGGCAGAUCAGUUUGGGUGUGUUGGCAGUACAACAGAGGGAACUAAACCACCGGGGACAGUAAAUGAAAUCUGUUCCUCUAUCACAUUUUCCACUGAGACCACAGCCUGUUAUCCAUUGGAUACCUGUGCUACUGAGCUGACUGUUGUUCCAGAGGUUUCUGCUCUGGCCUCACCUGUGUUGCUAGUAGACUCAGGUGUGGAGGAGCAAACAGAACAAAAACACCCUCAGACCACAAGGUCACAACCAUGGCAAGAUCCAGGUCGAACACAGAAUUUAAUCCCGUAUCGGUUCAAUCAGAGGGGUACUACUAUUGAAAUACCUCCUCAUAGACAGCUCCAUUCUAUCAAAAAGCUCUGGUUUUCAGGGCGUGAUUCAACUCAUACUCAAUCUGACGCUGGUGAGGAGCCAGAGGAAUGUCUGCCUCAUCACCCACUCUCAAAUAAUCUGCAUUUCUUUUCUCAUGGCCAAGGAGCAGAGGAUAUCUCCCCUUUGUUAUCAGAGAACUCUGAGGGAGCGAGGAGGAUAGGAUCACCGUGCUCUCUACAAAGGCAAAACAAGGAGCAGGAGGUGGAGCUCAGUCAUUUUUAUCUUGACCAGGAACAAAGUGUAGAUGCAAUAAGCAAAGUAAAACUUCCACUGUCGAAGCUUGGUAUAACAGAGCUUUCUGAGUGCAGAGAGCUGAGAGUAAUUGCUAAAGCAAUUCCCAGUUUUCCAGAUGCCUCUUUUGCUAGGCAUGUGCAUAGAGAGAUAGGAAAAACACCAACAUGUCCUGCUGCUACUGAGUCCAUUCAGGACUCUAGCCAAGAACGCCCAGAUGUAGCACAAAAGGCUAUUACCUCGACAAAUGUAGACUCUACUGUCAGCAGAAUUUCUAGUCAUGUUAAGGAACUUCAGCUGGAGUUGAAGAUCCCGGAACCUCCCUGCAGCCCGCAAGCCUCUUUUGAUCCGCUCUCAGACUCUAACAAUAACAGCAAGACCAGUGUAAAUGCAGGGGGGAGAGGAGAGGAAGUAAGCUAUUUCUCAGGGGGAGCCCACAGCAACUACAAAAGUAAUGAGAGAAUAAAUUGCCCCGUGGUUGAGCCAUCAACAAAAGUGACGGAAGAUAUCAUAUCUCAGGAAGACUCCGAGGUGUUCCUGUCUCCACUUGACCACGAACACAACUGGAGCAGUGAGGACUCUGAAUCUUUUCUGGAGAAAGACCUUGAUAGCCACAGCCAUUUAAGCCCAGCAAAUGAGCUAGAAAACCUUAAAACCGAAAAGACAUUUGUUGAAAGUCUAGAUUAUAAGUGUCCUAACUCUGAAAGACAUGAAAGCUCUGAGCCCUUAAAUUCAGAGAUCAGAGGCCGAUUAGUUGACAGUAAAUCUAAAGAGAGUCACCAUUGUAGCCAACCAGGGGAUCACUACUUACCUAAUGAAAGCAUAGGCAGCUUGACCAAAUCAUUUAAGAAACAUGCUCUGGAUGAGGAAUGCAGAGAGCACAAGGAAAUCAGCUUGCCAUCUCCACAGCAGGAGGCCAGGAAUCUUAGAUACUCACACCCUGAUGUCAGCCUAAACCUGCUGGCUGUGAGCAGUUUAGCACCAAUUGUUGAGGCUGAGCGUUCACUGGAAAGUUGUGGCACAACAGAGGAUAAUUUAAGAAUAGAAACAAAGAAAGAAUAUGAGAUCAUGAGGCCUACAGAGGGAGUUGAGGACAAUGUUAACCUAUCAGGGGACAUAUUCAAUAGUCCACACCACGAGCCUGAGCAGGAGGAAGACCCUUUAACCACAGCUGAGUUAGAACCUGAGGUGAACCCAGCAACACCACUCCUACAUAGUAGUAAGGACAAGUGCAGUAGACUAAUGACUGUCGCCUGUGAUGUUGAGUCUUAUACCUCAGCUAGCAGCAACUGCAAUGAGUUAGAAGAUCCUCACUUGGCUAUUUCAUCCACAAAUGCCAACCCUGACAAACUGACCAAGAGAAACAAAACAAAGGGCAACCAGACAGGAAAUAAAGGCUCUAAGUUUUCUGUCUUUGCUAAAAUGCCUUCUUUUAGGAAGGCUAAGGGCUCAAAGGGUGCUAGAAGUGAGAAGGUACCCCAGGAGUCAUCAGAUGGGGGAGGUGAGGGUCUUUUGCCUGAGCAAGCGCCACAGAGGGAAAACUCAGAUGAUGAGGUUUUUAUCAGUAGUGACCUCUUCAAUAAAUCCUCUUUGCAUUAUGAGAUAGAAGAGGACUGUGGCUUUUUCUCCUCUACUCCCCACACUCGCCACGUACGUCAGCUGGUCAGCCACAGUAGUAGUGGGGAAGACAAUGGAGGACUGUGCCAAGACAACCCUCUUCACAGCCAAGUCCAGUCACCCAAUGGGCAGACCUACAAGAGGAGCAAGAGCAAUGACAGUUUAAACAUCCGUAUGCGCUUCGCACAAGCACACAAGUCUCUUUCCAGCUUGUUUGAGUCCCGCUUGAUGGAUAAGGAGAAUGAAGAGCAGGCCACUAUGGGGACUGAUGUCAAUUCAGGUAAAGCCACACCAUCCGGGAGGAAGCUAAAAAGGGCCAAGGAGGCUGAGCUGUUGAAAAGAACUCUUUCACUGCCAGAUGGGGAAUGUAGUCACAUGGCUUCUGGGGAACACCGUGGAGAGUUAAAAUCCUCUCCACUCCUGAACAGGCUCAGCACUCCAAGGUCACCAUCCUCCCUCAGAGCUCUCCGCCACACUGAUCCCAUCUCCAAGAGGGGAGUUCCACAAGGGACUGGAGAGGAAAACCCCCACGGAGGCAGAUCUACGGACUAUGGAAGAAAGUGUUCCCCAAAUUGUCUACCUGCCACAGUGUGCGUGUCUGGCAUACCUCCAUUUUUAGAUGACUCUGCAGUCCCACCACCCACUUUCACCUGUCCAGUCUCACCUUGGAGCCUCUGCUCACUUGCCACCCUUACUCAUCAACUUUCACCAUCCUCGAUCAGGUCUCAGCCAACGGCCAGCGAGGGCUUCACUGAGAGCCCCCUACGGCCAAUGAGCCCUAAACCUAACAGCCCAAGGCCAGCAGCUCAGCGCAAAAUUUUUCAGUACCCUCGCUCAGCAAGGGCCAGUUCUGUUUCUCCUAUCCUUCUGGGCCAGUCGGUUAGUGUGGAAGGACUGACAGACCCCCCCGAGAAACCUAAAACGCUAAAACCCUCAGCUAGCCCUCUGUGUCUCAGCCUGAGCCCUCUGGAUGGAGCAGAGUGCAGAAUAGACAGCCAGUCACACAUCAGCCUGUAUGCCAUUGGCUCCAUCAACGAAGUAGAGGGCACACAAAUCGGUGGGCGACCUGCCAGCCAGUCCAGAACAAGAAAGCUGUUGCAGAUGAAAGGAGAGGGGAAGGCCUCUGUAGUUUCUGCUGGGCUGAUGAGUGGCUGCUGGGUGGAUGUGGGCUGUGAUGUAGGGGGCCGGCAGCAAAGGCGAAAGUGUUCAGAUGACCUCUGGAUUGAAGAGCAAAAGAAAUGCAAAUGCAAACUGACCAGAGCCAUCAGGGGGAGUCUGGGCCAACUCAACACACUGUUGUCUGAAGACAUGGACAAAGUGAGAUGUGGCGCGGCUGAAGCUGGGGUCACCUUGGGGCCAAUGGAGGCCUUCCAGUGGAUGCCCCUCAGGGCCCACUGCUUCUCUCAGAGCACCCCCAUCGGUCUUGACUGCCUGGGCUGGAGAAGACACAUCUCCGCCUCCUCUGUGGUUGUUCCUGAUGGGGCCUCAGAGAAGGCGGGGCUUGGCGAUGAGCUGGGCAGCGAGGAGGAUCUACUGUAUGAAGACUUUCGUGGUUCUGGACAUCGUUUUGGGCACCCAGGAGGAGGCGGAGGAGAGCAGCUAGCCAUAAAUGAGCUGAUCAGUGAUGGCAGCGUGGUGUAUGCUGAGGCCCUCUGGGACCAUGUCACCAUGGAUGACCAGGAGCUAGGCUUCAAGGCUGGUGAUGUCAUCGAAGUAGUGGAUGCCAGUAACAAGGAGUGGUGGUGGGGUCGCAUCAUGGACAGCGAGGGCUGGUUCCCUGCCAGCUUUGUACGGUUGCGUGUGAACCAGGAUGAGCCCAUGGAGGAGUAUCUGGCCCACCUAGAGGAGACUCAGACUGGAGAAGAGGACCGGGCAGGUCUGGGUUUGUUACUGGGACCAGGUUUGCCCUGCAAAGAGCAGAUGAGGACCAACGUCAUCAAUGAGAUCAUGAGCACGGAGAGAGACUACAUCAAGCACCUGAAAGACAUCUGCGAGGGUUACAUCAAACAGUGCCGCAAGAGAACAGACAUGUUCACCGAAGAGCAGCUUCGCACUAUCUUUGGCAAUAUUGAGGAGAUCUACCGAUUCCAGAGGAAGUUCCUGAAAGGCCUGGAAAAGAAGUUCAACAAGGAGCAGCCGCACCUCAGCGAGAUUGGCUGCUGCUUCCUCGAACACCAAACAGAUUUCCAGAUCUAUUCGGAGUAUUGCAACAACCACCCGAACGCUUGCGUCCAGCUCUCUAAACUCAUGAAGGUCAACAAAUACGUGUUCUUCUUCGAGGCCUGCCGACUGCUCCAGAAGAUGAUUGACAUUUCCUUGGAUGGCUUCCUGCUCACACCAGUUCAGAAGAUCUGCAAGUACCCACUGCAGCUGGCUGAGCUGCUCAAAUACACCAACCCACAGCACAGGGACUACAAAGAUGUGGAGGCUGCCUUAAACGCCAUGAAGAACGUGGCCAGGCUCAUCAAUGAGAGGAAACGGCGCCUUGAGAAUAUUGACAAGAUUGCCCAGUGGCAGAGCUGCAUAGAGGACUGGGAGGGUGAAGACAUCCUCAGCAGGAGCUCAGAUCUCAUCUUUUCAGGGGAAUUGACAAAGCUGUCCCAGCCUCAGGCCAAGAGCCAACAGAGAAUGUUUUUCCUCUUUGAUCAUCAGAUGGUGUACUGCAAAAAGGACCUCCUGCGCCGGGACAUGCUGUACUACAAGGGUCGGGUGGACAUGGACCACAUGGAGGUGAUAGAUGUGGAGGAUGGCAAGGAAAAGGACUUCAACAUCAGCGUGAAGAAUGCCCUGAAGCUGCGGUCACAGGCUGGUGAUGAAGUCCACCUCCUAUGUGCCAAGAAGCCGGAGCAUAAACAACGCUGGCUCCAGGCCUUCGCUGACGAGAGGAUUCAGGUCCAACAUGACCGGGAGACAGGCUUCUCUCUCACUGAGGUUCAGAAGAAACAGGCCAUGCUGAAUGCCUGCAAAAGCCAUCCAGCUGGGAAACCCAAAGCGGUGACCAGACCCUACUAUGACUUCCUGCUGCGACAGAAACAUCCCUCUCUCCCAACUGCUUUGCCCCAGCAGCAAGUCUUCAUGCUGGCAGAGCCCAAGCGCAAAACCUCCACCUUCUGGCACAACAUCGGCAGACUGACACCCUUCAAGAAGUAAAGAACAAAAACCAGAAUGGAAAAGAAAAGCUGUGGAGAGAAGGAACCGAGGAGAACAAGGAGAAGAGCUCUUUUCUUGUGCCUGAAUAGACCCUUUUGAAUUCUUCCUCUCUUUUUUUCCUACUCGUAACAUUGCCCUAACUGACAUACUGAUAUGUUGUAUAGAUGUGGAUGAUUAUGAUGAGGAGGACAUUUUUUGAAAGCACUUUAUAGGUUGGCUAACAAUCAGACUUGAGAAUGGUCUCCUGGAGACAUUGAGUCAAACAGGAAGAGUGGCCUCCUUCUUAACUUACUACUUCUACACCUUCAAUCAAGCACCAACUGGUACUAAUACUACUACUGUACUGCUGCGAGUGAGCAUAGGACUCCUGACCGUGCUGCCUCUGUGAAGACAUUGGCUGUUGACAAAAUUGUGUCAUUUAUUUCAACUGUACUAUUGUUUUAUGAUUUGACAGAUGCCAAGUGUUCAUAGUGCCAGAUGAUUUGUUUUUGUAUUUGUUUGUUCUGUGUCUGCUUCUGAAAAAAAAAAGGGAAAGUGUGUGUGUGCGUAGGGGGGCUCUGUUGUUCUUUUCUCUGUGCAAAUAUAUAAUUUCAGGAUCAUUUCAGCUAGGUUUUCAAGUGUUUUUGAUCUCCAUCCAACACAAUUUGGGUCUGGUGCAUUCGUGAUAUUGUGCAAAACCUGAUUAAAGUCAUCAAAUGCGGCCUGAAGAAGAUUCAAAGCAACCCACACACUCCGGCAAUUCACAUUCCUCGAGUCUGAUCCUCGACUCCUACUUCUCCCUGCCAUGUCAAUGAAGGUAACCAACCUGUUUUCUUUUCUUUAUUUUUUUGUUAAGUGCCAUUGGAAGUGUGUCAUGGAUGAUUCACGAUGACAUGCAUGGAUGUGAUGAAAAAAUACUGUGAAGAAUAUUUUUUUAUCUCUGAAGAACCCUGCUAUAUUUAACCAGAUUGAAGAACUGAGGUUUCAUCGUGCUAGGUUGAUGAACACACACACACACACACACACACACACACACACACACACACACACACACACACACAACACAACACAGAUGUUCUUUUAUCUACCUGUACUUCUGAUAUCCAGUAUCCCUGCUCUGUGUAUCUGGUCUCCAGUAUAAUCUCAUUUCAGAUAAAUGCAGCCCAGUGAUAUCGCUCUGUAAGUGCAUUCAGUACUUUUUUCACCUUUCUGUUCAAAUGUUUUAGCUUCUGACCAUAUGGAAUAUUAAACAUUCCUAAACUGACAA